AUGCCUACGGUGCAUCUCCUGGACUAUGUUGCUGGGAACGUCAGAUCCCUGGUGAAUGCAAUCAACAAAGUCGGCUACGAAGUAGAAUGGGUUAGAUCGCCAGAAGAAGUCGCCAAGGCACAUACUUUGAUACUGCCAGGAGUGGGACAUUUUGGACAUUGCUUAUCUCAACUCUCGUCCAGCGGGUUUUUGGAACCCAUCCGAGAGCACAUUCGAUCAGGAAAACCCUUUAUGGGCAUCUGUGUUGGGCUUCAAGCAAUUUUUGAAGGGUCGGCUGAAGAUCCCAAUGUUCCUGGAUUGGGAGUGAUCCCUUUGCAGCUACGAAAGUUCGAUGACAAGGACAAGAGUGUACCGCAUAUUGGAUGGAACUCGGCUAAAAUUAGACAAAGCACUGGCGGCUUAUACGGACUGGACCCAGAGAGCAAGUAUUACUAUGUCCAUUCGUAUGCUGCACCCUACGAAGCAGGGAUCUUAGAAGGGCAAGGCUGGACAGUUGCUACGGCGAGUUACGGAGACGAGGAGUUCGUGGGUGCCAUAGCACGCGGCAAUGUUUUUGCGACUCAAUUUCAUCCGGAGAAGAGUGGACAGGCUGGCUUGCGCACCCUUCGUGCCUUCUUAACGGGGAAAAAAACCGAGAGUGGCGGAAUCACCAGUGCGACGACGAAGGAUGGAUUGACUCGAAGAAUCAUUGCAUGCCUCGACGUACGCACCAACGACCAAGGUGAUCUCGUGGUCACCAAAGGCGAUCAGUACGAUGUGCGAGAAAAGGACGGUGUCUCGAGCGGCGGGCAAGUCAGAAACCUAGGCAAACCAGUUGAUAUGGCUCGGAAGUAUUACGAGCAAGGGGCCGAUGAGGUGACUUUCUUGAACAUUACAUCCUUCCGCAACUGUCCCUUGAAGGACUUGCCCAUGCUGGAGAUUUUACGACGCACAUCUGAGACCGUCUUUGUUCCACUUACGAUUGGUGGUGGUAUCCGAGACUCAGUUGACACGGAUGGAACCGUGGUUUCUGCUUCGGAAAUCGCCAAUAUGUAUUUCCAAUCAGGCGCAGACAAGAUCAGCAUUGGCUCUGAUGCUGUCCUUGCCGCAGAGGAAUACUAUCAGAGCGGAAAGAAACUAUCCGGCAAAACUGCCAUCGAACAGAUCUCAAAGGCGUAUGGAAGCCAAGCUGUUGUCGUUAGCAUCGACCCCAAACGCAUCUAUGUUAGCGGUCCGGAAGAAACAACCCACCACACCAUAAAAACGGCGUUCCCAGACUCCAAGGGCCAAGACACAUGUUGGUACCAGUGCACCAUCAAGGGUGGCAGAGAGCUGCGAGAUCUCGAUGUUCGUCAGCUGGUGCAGGCAGUGGAAGCCAUGGGCGCGGGCGAAAUACUGUUGAACUGCAUUGACAAGGACGGAAGCAACAGUGGGUUCGACCUGGAACUGAUCCAAGACGUCAAGUCUGCAGUUAAGAUCCCCGUCAUAGCCUCAAGCGGAGCCGGGAACCCUUCUCAUUUCGCGGACGUCUUCGCAGGGACAACAACAGAUGCAGCGCUCGGGGCUGGCAUGUUUCACCGCGGCGAAUACACCGUGGCCGAUGUGAAGACUCACCUGGUGGACACGGGUUUCGUUGUUCGUAAACCUGAAACAGAAGGUUCAUUCAGUAGCUAG